UGCAGGGCAUUAUUGUAAUCUCGGUCCACACUUGCGUGCUUGCCGAAUAUCCAUCAUCUUCAGAUCUUCUAAUAAGAUAAGCCAUACGAUACGCAGCCACUGGCUGUGUUACCCCGGACGAACCACCGCCACCCGCGGCGAUGGCAAUAACGGACUUAUUCGCCGGCGAGAUAGCAGCCGAACUCCUAAAAAUGCUCAUGAGCAUAGCCAGAAAGUCGUGCAUGUGCAAAUCCAGUGCGGAGCAACUGAUCGAGACCAUGAACGAACUGCAGCCCCUAAUCCGGGAGAUCAUGUACUCCGGCGUCGAGUUGUCGGAGAAGCGCCAGUUUCAGCUGAACCGCCUGUCGGAAACGCUCAGAGACGGCGUCGAGCUCGCCAGACAAGUCCUCGCCUCCGGCAGGUGGAACGUGUACAAGAACCUGCAGCUCGCGAGGAAGAUGGAGAAAUUAGAGAAGAAAGUGUCGAGAUUCAUGCUAAUGGAGAUGCCGGCACACAUUCUGGCCGACGUGCACCACGCGCGGUUCGAAUCGGCUGAGAGACUCGACCGGAUCGAGGGAUCAACUCGGCGGCUGGAACAGCGGCUGGGGUCCAUGAAAAUCGGAGUGGGCGGAGGAGGGUGGUUGGAGGAGGCCGUGAAGAGGGCGGAGGAGGAGGAGGAGAAGUGGUGCGAUGGCAGUUUGGUUAAUUUGGGGGUGGGGAUGGCCUUGGGGAAGAAGAAGCUGAAGGAGAUGCUUAUUGGGGGUAACGAGCCGGCGGUUGUUGGACUUUGUGGGAUUGGUGGGAGUGGGAAGACCACUCUUGCAAGAGAGAUUUUCAGAGACGAUGAAGUUCGUUGCCACUUCAAGGAGCAGAUUUUAUUCUUGACAGUGUCACAAUCGCCAAAUGUAGAGCAGUUGAAGGCUAAGAUAUGGGGACAUAUUGCAGUAAACAAUCUUGUUGGUUAUAAUGAUAUUGUUCCACAAUGGAACCUACAAAUUGAUUGGAAGAUUCAAGUGAGGAAAACACUUGUGAUUUUGGAUGAUGUGUGGUCACUCUCCGUGCUUGAACAGCUAAUUUCCAGAAUACCCGGAUGCAAAACGCUUGUUGUUUCACGGUUUAAAUUCCCAACGAUUCUAAAAAAAACCUAUGAACUAGAGUUGUUGAGAGAAGAUGAAGCCAUAUCCCUGUUCAGCUUUUUUGCUUUUGGACAGAUGUCCAUUCCUCCUGCUGCUAAUGAGAAAUUGGUUAAGCAGGUUGUGAAUGAGUGUAAAGGGCUUCCAUUGGCUCUUAAAGUUAUAGGAGCUUCACUAAGAGACCAGCCUGAAAUGUUUUGGGCAAGUGCAAAGGCAAGGCUAGCACGAAGCGAACCCAUAUGUGAAUCCCAUGAAGUUAAAUUGCUCGAGCGGAUGGCAAUUAGUGUUGAUUACUUGCCAAAAAAAGUUAGGGAAUGCUUCUUGGAUUUAGGUGCCUUUCCAGAGGACAAGAAGAUUCCUCUGGAUGUUCUUAUUAAUAUGUGGGUUGAACUGCAUGAUCUUGAUGAAGAGGAAGCUUUUGCAAUUCUGGUGGAGCUGUCAGACAAAAAUCUCCUUACGUUGGUGAAAGAUGCACGAAGUGGAGACACUUACAGCAGUUACUAUGAGAUCUCUGUCUUUCAACAUGAUGUGUUGAGAGAUCUUGCUCUUCAUCUGAGCAACCGUGGGGACGUAAAUGAACGGAGGCGAUUGCUUAUGCCCAAGAGAGAAAAUUGUCUUCCAAGAGAAUGGGAGAGAAAUAUGGAUCAGCCAUUUAAUGCCCAGAUUGUUUCAGUUCAUACAGGUGAAAUGAAAGAAAUGGACUGGUGUCAAAUGGAAUUUCCCAAGGCUGAAGUGCUCAUCCUCAACUUCUCAUCAAAGGAAUACUUCCUGCCUCCUUUCAUUGACAGCAUGCCAAAGCUCAGGGCGUUGAUAGUAAUAAAUUAUGCCAACUCUGUCGCAACACUCGAGAACUUAUCAGUAUUCGUCAAUUUGGCCAACUUGAGAAGCCUCUGGUUUGAAAAGAUUUCCAUCCCUCAUUUGCCCAGAACUACCAUUCCCCUAAAAAUGCUGCGCAAAAUAUCUCUAGUCCUCUGCGAGAUCAAAGACAGCCUUGAUCAGUCAGUGGUAGACCUGCCCUAUCUCUUCCCAUGCCUCUCUGAGCUUACAAUGGAUCACUGCGAGGAUUUGGUGCAGCUGCCUUCAAGCAUUUGUCACCUGCGGUCCCUGGAGAGUCUCAGCAUUACCAACUGCAGCCUCCAUGAACUGCCGGAAGACCUGGGCAAACUGAAAUCUCUGCGAAUUCUGAGGAUUUAUGCUUGCCCAUCACUGAAGACCCUUCCUCCUGGGAUUCGCGAGCUGGUUUGGCUGAAGUACCUGGACAUUUCUCAGUGUGUGAAUUUGGGGUGCCUUCCCGAGGAGAUGGGUGGAUUGGCGAGGUUAGAAAAGAUUGACAUGAGGGAGUGUAAACUGAUCAGGAGUAUACCCAAGUCUGCUGCAUUAUUGCAGUCCCUGCAUCGCGUUAUAUGUGACGAAGAGAUGUCUUGGGUUUGGAAAGGGGUGGGUAAUGCCAUCCCAGGGCUUCAUGUGCAAGUUGCAGAGGAAUGCUUCAAUCUUGACUGGCUUUCAGAUUGAACCAUGUAUCCAUGACACUCUUUAUCUGUACCCAAGAGUAGAUUUUGUAUCUGAUGUAAAUUAGUAUUCGAACAAAUAAAAGAUUCGGGGCGGGUUAAUUCUUCUCUC